ACCAUCCUACCGAGCAGGCCCCGGUAAACAAACACCCCCAAAAGAGGCAUAGUUGGAGUGCAACGGACCUGGGCAAACGCACCUGGUUUGUGGACACAACUUUGAGCCCUGCUUUGUGGAGCAUCCGGCAGCAUCGCCCCGCUUACCACACAUUGUCCGUGGAACGACUCUCUAGCAAGCCGUACCACAACGAAGUGUGCCUUCGGAGAACUCACAUAGCCACAGUCAGGAUCCUAGCACGACUCGCUGAAAUGAACACGGGGCCACACUAUACCUUUUCCAGCGACCACCCCGGCGCUGAUAGGCCGCAUUCUUCAAAAUGUUUGUCGCACCGCAUCCCAAACAUUCAGAUCUGUCAUUUACGGCGUGCCGUCUGCUGCCUGAAGCCCGUCCAGCAUACUUUAAGACGCCGCAUUCUGAACGCGCCGCCCUACGCAUCGCAUCCUGAGCGCAACCAUUGAACAACUUUGCGGACCGAGUCACCUGAGCAAUGGGUCCCCAGCCACAAACCUCGACGUUCCCGCAGGACCUCCCGCCCCGCGAAACAUCGUGGAAGGACCGCAAUUGUCCCGGAAUGCGCAGCUGCUGGUCGUUCAGCCUGUCGUCCUUCAGUCUCGCGACGUCCGACAAAGCGGUGCUGGCGCGCCGCAUCUGCAUGAUUGCCAUCUUGGGACUGCGCACGGCCACAAGCAUCUGGGACGUUGUUAAUUCGAUCAUUCACUUCAACCUUGGCUGGCUCAUCAUUGGGAUUAUCCUGGGCGUGCUCGGGUUUUUCUUCAUUGCAUGGUGUUUGGCGAGGAUUGGGGAGGCGACGGGGUACAGAAGGGUUUUGGGGGCGCGAGUGGGUCGGUGGCACUUCGAUGUCUUCCUCCUCGGCAUGGCAAUUAUCCACAUCGGUAUAUUCGCCGGCGCCUUCUUCUGGAAAAGCAGCGGCGGUGUGGGCGGCAUGUGGCUGGCAAUGUGGCUACUCAUCUUCGGUGCCGCCUGGGUCACGACGUGGGAGCCUGAACCGGCGAGCAGUGUCUGAGGUUGAGUAUUGCUUCAACGAUGACAGGCUUUCCCGAGAGAUUGUAUCUGGGGGUUAUCCAAAGGUUUGGUAUCUUUCCAUGAACGCUUUAGCAGGGCGCUAGAAACAUAUGCUUGGAAGCUUCCGAAUCAAAGGUGACAUGAAAAGAGGAGACCAUCGUCGCCAUUCUGGGAAUGAUAUAAUGUACACUAGAUUCAAGCAUAGAAAAUUACCCAGAUAGGUGUUUGACAAUACACAUAUCAGCAAGGCC